AUGUCGUACGACCGUCUUAAUUCGCUAGAAGCCCAGCCGACAACCUGGCGACAAGGAGAUGAUCCUCAGUAUCAAGAUGACCCGGAGUUCGCGCGCUUCACUGAGAACCUCUCCAACCAGCUCUUCACAUUGACGUCCAACAUUUCUAAUUUGUCCAAGCAAAUUGCACUUCUGGGCACUAAGCGUGAUACCGAAAGAGUCCGCGAACGAGUUCACGAUUUAUUGGAAGAGACGCGGUCUGGAUUCAAGGAUGCUGGAGAUGCUAUAAAGAAGGUCCAAACAUGGGAGGAUGUCAAUCCUUCCCAGAAGUGGACGCAGCAGAAGCUCUCUUCCGAGUUCAAGGCCGCUUUGGAAGAGUUUCAAACCGUGCAACGCCGCGCUCUCGAGAAACAGCGAGCUUCGGCAACCGCCUCUCGGACCGCUUUGGAAGAGGGUGGACCGGUGCCAGGAGUCGAAGGCCAGCAGCAACUUCAACAACUACAACAGCAAGAGCUCGAGCAGCCGCGACUGGCAAAUCAAGAUGAAGUCGAUUUCCAAGAGGCGCUCAUCAUCGAACGCGAAUCUGAAAUCCGCAAUAUCGAACAGAGUGUUGGUGAGCUCAAUGAACUAUUCCGUGAUGUGGCGCAUAUAGUCCAUGAGCAAGGCGGCGAGCUUGAUAUUAUCAGCGAGAAUGUUGAGAAUGUGACAACAGACACUCAGGGCGCAAAUGUCGAGCUACGAAGCGCGAGUCGCUACCAGAAGAACGCGCGAAACAAGAUGUGCUGCUUACUGGUAAUUCUUGCUGUCAUCUUGACUAUCAUCAUCGUUGCCGCCGUCGUUGGUUGA